CCCUUAAAAUCUCACUCCUGUAAUAAAAAUUAGUGCAGAACUUCGUUGUAUGGUUUUCAUUCUACUUCCGGUAAAUUAUCAGUUCCGAACUCGUUUACUUGUGUCUUUGAUCAUGCCGCAAAUUACGGAGAUUAGUGAAGCUACUGUUUUAAAAGAGAAAGGUAACACUUUAUUUAAAAAUGGCCUGUAUGAAGAAGCUGUCAAUGCCUAUACAGAAGCUUUGAAUAUCAGGGAUGUUCCUACUGAAGAGAAAAUAGCAUGCCUUAAAAACCGAAGUGCUUGUUAUCUUAAAACAAAACAGUAUCUGUUUGCUGUUUCAGAUGCUACUGAAGCUCUAAAAGAAAAUCCUCAUGAUACAAAAGCUUUGUAUCGGCGUUGCCAAGGAUACCAAGAGUUGGGACAAAUUGAAGAUGCUUAUAAAGAUGCUACACAAUUAAUUAAAAUAGAUCCAAAAAAUCAGGCUGUCCAGACAAUUAUGCAAAAACUUGUGACUCCAAUGCAGGAAAAAGUUCAAGAACGUACAAGUAUGGAUGGUAAAGUUGCUCAGAUGUUCAAUUUGGCAUUCCAGGAUAAUCCAGAUGUGACAAGAGAUACAAAACUAACAGCAACCAACAACAUUAUAGUUCUUGCUCGUGAAGAAUCUGGAGCUGAGAAAAUAGUGAGAGAAAAUGGUAUUUUUUUCCUUCACAAAAUGACCCAAAUUAAAGAUGAUUUUGAACUUCAGCAAGCUUCUUAUCGUGCAUUGGCUAACCUUGCAGAAAAUAGCCGAAGGCGAGCAGAAAGAAUUAUAAAAGAAAUAAGUCUUCCGGUGAUAUGCGAAACAUUGAAUACUUCUAAUGAGAAACUAUGUGUGACAGCUUCUCAACUUAUAUCCAAUAUAAUCAAUGCUAUUACAAAUGUUGAUGCAUUCAAAGCACUUGUCAAAGAACAGACUGCUAUGAAAAGAAGAGGAGAACGAGUAAAGCCAGCAAAAUUUACAAUGGAUGAAGCAGCUCAAACAUUUGUUGAUGAAAUCUUCAGUUCAAUGACUAAAAUGUUACCCAGUCGCAAGCUAUCAGCUAGAGGUCGAGAUGCCAUCAUAGAGAUCUUUAUUAAAUACAUUACAGGAAUGAGUGGUGUUGGGUGGACCAAACAAUUUAUGGAAAGUGAAGGCCUUUAUAAUUUAUUAACCAUUGCUGGUAUCCAUUGUAAGGUUGAAUCAGUGAUAAAAGUGACUGGGCAUUCGAGAAUGCAUUCGGCACUACUACUGACGAAGAUCUAUGAUGAUAUGAUUGGUGAUAAACAAAGAGAUCAUUUUAAAGAACGUUGUCAUGAGUAUUUCAAAGAUACAUUUGGUGAAGGAGACAUUGAUUCUACAGUGGAGGCUAUAAGAGCAAUUACCACAUUAUUACAGGUAUGUUUUGUUGUUUUGUGAUUUUUAAAACUCUUUGAAGAAGCUUUAUUGAUAUUGUUAUUGUUUAGUAUCUCUUGUCAAAGAGUUC